UCAUGUUAUAGUCAUUUUUAGCGAGAGAAACCUUCUCAUUUGUUAAGGGACCAUGUUCUAGAAAGCCUAAACUCACCCUAUAAAAUGCUGCUUGAACCUGCUUGAAUGAUGUGAAUCCUUGUAGCUGUUAUCUCUAUACGUGUUAGCCACAUAUAUAGUGUUUAGAAAUUUAAUUCAAUUUCCUCGUAAAAGUUCAAAGCUAAGCUCCUUAGACAAGAAAAAGCAAUCUGCUGAAGUAGUUGUUGGACUGAAGAAGAUACUCAUAUUUUGCCAGGAAGAUUUAAGGAGACUUUUUGUGAGGAAGAAGAGAUGGAUGAGCAGGUUCAAGGAAAAGAUGAGAAGCUUAUUUCCGAGCUCCAAGGGAGGCCUCUUUCUGCUGAUCAAGAUGCUCAAAGGCUUGAGGAUGGCUUUCAGUUCUUCAAGAACAACUUAUUUGACAAAUGUCCAGAAAUUUUCCAUGAACUUGCAAAUGGCCAGCACCCGAAGUUUUUGGUCUUUGCAUGCUCGGAUUCCCGAGUCAGCCCCUCCAUUAUUUUGAAUUUCAAGCUAGGCGAAGCCUUCGUUUCCCGCAAUAUUGCUAGUAUGGUUCCUCCAUUUGACCAGUUGAGACACACUGAAACUGGUGCGGUCAUCGAGUAUGCUGUUAAAGCUCUUGAGGUAGAAAACAUCCUCAUCAUUGGACAUAGUCGUUGUGGUGGGAUAAAGAGGCUUAUGGAGCUUCCAGAUGAACACUGCUCUCACAAUCAUACAUAUGACUUCAUAGAUGACUGGGUAAAAAUUGGUUUGCCAGCAAAGAGAAAGGUCUUGGAAGAGGCUAACGAUAUGCCAUUAGAAGAACAAACCAAGCGGUGUGAAAAGGAAUCAGUGAACAACUCGAUGGAAAAUCUACUGACAUAUCCAUAUGUGAGAAAUGCAGUGGAAAAGGGAAUUAUGACAUUGAGGGGAGGCUACUAUGACUUUGUAGAAGGAACUUUUAAACAAUGGAAGAUGGGGCCAAAACCAUGCCACGAAUAAUAAUGCCACUGCCUAUCUAAUAGUUUGAGUUUGAGCCACUGAUGGAGGUCUCAUCUAUGAAUUAAUAAUUAAGACGGAGCAGCUUACUCUGCAUUGGUCCUUUAAUUAUGUAUAUGUAGCAGCUUGUUUCCUGUAAAAUAAUUUGUGUUCUUUUGAAAUGCUACGCUUUAUUUUCUUU